AUGGCUAGCAAGGUUCAAAACGUAGAGAGUGGCGGCGCAAGAGUGGCGUACCUGACGCUAUACAACGCCCUCUUCGCAUCUCUAUGGGCCGCCAUCUUCAUCACUGUCGCGACGACCGCCGCGUCGGGAGGCCAGCUCGCCGUAUACGAAGCGGCCGAGGCCCGGUCGCGAUGGGUGCAGACGCUCACUCUGAUUGAAGUCGUGCACUCCGCCGUCGGCCUCGUCAAAUCCCCAGUCGGCACAACCGCCCUGCAGGUCGUCGCCCGCACCAUCAUUGUCUGGAUGGUCUGCUACAGCUUCCCCGAGAGCACGGCGUCCUCCGGUGCCUACGUCGCGCUGCUGCUGUCGUGGGCUACCGCUGAUACAAUUCGCUAUGCCUACCUGGCCCUGAACCUCCACGGCAAGGCAUCUGACGCCCUCGUCUGGCUGCGAUAUACCAUGUUCUACCCCCUCUACCCCACCGGCAUCGCCUCCGAAUUCUGGCUGCUGUACCUCGCCAUCGAACCCGCCAGCCGCGUCAGCGCCGUGCUUCCUCCCAUCUUUUAUUUCUGCUUGUGCCUCUACAUUCCAGGUGUGUAUCAUAACUCAGCCUCGUUGUCCUAA